UUGAUAGCAUUCUAAUGCAGUUAUUAAUGAAGUGCAUUUCAAUUCCACAGAUUUCUCUGGAUCGUUUACUGGGCCCUAUACCGAAGUUCACAAGAUUUUCUAUGUAUUUCAACUAGAAGACAAGCAAGAACAGAGGUGAAGUCCUAUCAGAGCAGUAGCAGUUCCUGACAGAUCACACAAUCUGCUGAUAAGUGUAGACAUUAUAUUAGCCAAGAAGAAGAGAAGAUCCUUUAUUGAAGACGUUGGAAAAGUAAUAUCAGAUUGCUUCAUAUCUUAACUUUGCUUUUAAGACACUCUUAUUGCACCAAAAUGAAAGUUCUACAAAAUCAACCUGAUGAAAAUGUUAAAACCACUCUUGAGAAAGGGGGGAGAAACCCACCAAAUGAAACUUUAGAUAACAUAUUUAAUAAAUUGUUAGUGUAUAUUGGAGGGUCUCCUCACUUAAAUAAAACAAAUACAAAUAUUGAGAAGAAAUAUGACAUUAAAAGGGAGCAUGACGAUUGCUGGCCAGAGGAUGAUAUCAAACGAGCUUGGGGAAAAACGCAAAGAAUGGAUAAAACCUCAUUAAAAAGAAAACGCUGGUCUCUUGCGAUAAUGUUGCAGGUGAUAAAAAGAAGACAGAAUUUCAAUGAAUCUAAAGGAAAAGAGGCACAGUCUGAUCAGAGCAAUGUUGAAAAUGUAUCACUGACUUGUGUAGAGAGUGUGGAUGGCACACCUGACCCAAUGAAAGACACUUUAAGACACAAAGGGUCAGUACCAAAAAAUCUACUUCAAAGUGGCAAUGAAAAAGCACAUGAAACACAAAUAAAAGAAUGCUCAAACAAACCUAAUUCUCAAAAUACCUACAUACGUAUCCCACUCUCAGUCAUGUUUAAAAAUGAAUCAACCUCUCAGGGAAGGGGGAAAAGUGAAGGAAAAAACAGACCUACCUAUAAAUUAAUCGACAGUAUUCCUUUCCUUAGAGAAGUAAGGAAAAAGAAGUCUUACGUUAUGUUAUACAACAGUCAAACCAGGAAUGCUACAUGGGUGUAUGAGAUAUUGAACAAAAGUACUUUAGCCGGUACUCAAUCUCGUAAAGCGGAUUUAAAAUUUAAAGAUGAACCAUUUGAGACACUUUACGAAGCAGCUAACAUAGAAGAAUGUGAUGAAAGUAACUAUGAACAGGGUCAUCUUGCCUCUGCUGCCAAUCACAAAUGGUGUCAGGAAGCCUAUGAGGACACUUUUUUUCUCAGCAACAUAGCACCACAGGUUCCUUAUUUAAACCAAAACUUAUGGAAACAGUUGGAGAAUUAUUGUCAAGCGAAAAUAAACAAUUCAGAGAAUAUCCGUAAUGUCCAUGUGUAUUCUGGACCAAUUUACCCACAAAGUGAUAAAAGAAAAAAGGCAGAGAAAUUGAAGAGUUGGAGAAAGAAAAUAGUACCUUCUCACUUCUUUAAGGUGAUAAUUAUCGAGCAUGAAAAUGGGACGGUAGAGCUGGAAUGCUAUAGGAUGCCCAAUGAGGAACCAGCCAAAGACAAACAAUCAAAAGACGGAGACGAACAAUCAAAAGACAAAAACAAACAAUCAAAAGACAAAUGUGGAAAACCAUUUGAACUGAAGCCUUAG